CGGAGAGUUCUCGGAGUUCUCUCUACAAGAGGUAAACGUGAAACGUGAAGAAGUUCACUGCACCGUUCGGUCGGAAAUGGAGACUGUCAGACUGCGAACUGUCACUCCUUAGGGCGGUCCGCGCACAUGCGCAGUGAGUAGAGGCAUCGGCAUCGGCGAGAAGUAUCGAGAUACAGUGGAUGCAGCAAUUGCUGGCAUUGGCAGCUCACCAUGUAUGUCACAAGCUGCGAGUACUACUUCCUCUUACUCAUGGUCAUAAUUCCGGUCUACCUCUUUUUCAAGCUGUGGUCCUGGCUUGGCUGGGAGCUGUUCGUCAAUAAUUAAGGGACCGUCCAAGGAUAUCAGAAGGAGUAACUGUGCGAUAGCAUGUAUUUUGUAAGAAAAAGAAAAAUAUAUGCACGUAUAUAUGCA